GUGCACAUUGGGAGUCUGACCCACCAUGUGCAGAUGGACUACAUCCGCAGCCCACUUUAGUCCUGAACCUGCCCUCAGCACAGCAGCUGGCCCCUCCAGUGGGCAGCUCAGCCCCCUGCCCAGUGCAGCCUCCCUUUGCCUGGCAUGCCUCACCCUGCUUGUGCUCAGCGCUGGCACUGCCACAGGGGCCUGUCCUCCCGGGGUUCGGCAUGAGUCCGUCCAGGGGCUCGCCACAGCAAUCAACUGUUCAUGGACUUUGGAAAGGCACACUCGCAGCUACAAUCACCUGGAGGGGGAUGUUCGACUGCGGCGGCUUUACUCUGCCAACAAGUUCUUCCUCUGCAUUGAUAAAACGGGCAAAGUGGAUGGCACCCGGCGGAAAAACUACGCAGACAGCCUGAUGGAAAUCCGAUCAGUCAGUGUUGGAGUUGUUGCCAUCAAAUCUGUCAGCACUGGUCUGUACCUAGCCAUGUCCAAGAAAGGCACGCUCUUCGGAUCGGUGAAGUACAACCCGAGCUGCAAGUUCAAGGAGCGCAUCGAGGAGAAUGGAUACAACACGUACGCCUCCCUGCGCUGGAAACAUGGCGGCCGGCAGAUGUUUGUGUCUCUGAAUGGGAGAGGGAAACCAAGGCGAGGUCACAAGGCCCGGAGGAGGCACCCGUCCACCCACUUUCUGCCCAUGCUCCCCUCCUAG